ACCGAAUACACUCGAUUCGGCCCUUAAAGACUAUCAACGUGGAAGCUCACCAGCCUUGCAAGUUGCAUCCCAAAAUUGACGUAAGCAGUAUUCCCAAAUAUAAAGGAAAAAAUCGAAGUUUUCGCCAUUUAUCGUUUCACUGUUCGCAUCAGAAACUCAUUGAUCGUUUCAUUACUCGCCAUGUUUCUGGUCAAGACAUGGAGAUCAAUAUCAUUUGGGCUGUAUGGCUACAAGAAUUUCACCAAAUCUGGUUUUAUGGAGCAUUCGAAAAAUUUCAACCCAGAAGAUAUGCAAAUGCAAAUUGAAGGAAAGAACUGUGUUGUCACAGGAGCAAAUUCCGGCAUUGGCUAUUCAACGGCAGAAGGGCUUGCAUCACGUGGAGCUACUGUAUACAUGGUAUGUCGAAAUAAGGAGAGAGGGGAGGCUGCACUUUCAGAAAUUCAAUCAGCAACAGGAAAUAAAAAUGUUUACUUGGAGGUCUGUGAUAUUUCUUCCAUCAGUGAUGUCAAGUCUUUUGUUUCUAGAUUUUCUUCAAGAGAUGUUCCUAUUCAUGUCCUGGUAAACAAUGCUGGUCUGCUCGAGAAUAAACGUCUUAUCACCUCAGAAGGAUUUGAGAUGAAUUUUGCUGUAAAUGUUUUGGGCACAUACACUUUGACAGAGCUCAUGUUGCCACUGCUGGAGAAGGCUGUGCCUGAUGCUCGUGUUAUUACAGUUUCAUCAGGUGGAAUGUAUACAUCUCCCUUAAUGGAAGAUCUACAGUUCAAUGGUAACAAAUUUGACGGGGUUGAACAGUAUGCCCGCAACAAACGAGUUCAGUUUGUGAAUGCUCCAAUAGAUUUUACAAGUGCAAUUCAAUUUCGUGUCAGGUUAUCUGGAAAGCUUAGGAGUAGUAAAGAAGGUGCAGAUACUGUAAUCUGGUUGGCUUUACAACCGAAAGAGAAGCUCGUUUCUGGAAGUUUCUAUUUUGAUCGAGCAGAGGUACCUAAGCACUUGCCAGUUGCAGUUACAAAUGGCUCGCAUUCUGUUAUAGACCGUAUUUGUGGAAAUCUUAGAGCAUUGUCCCGUUUGUAGUCUUAAAAAUUAAAUUCCAUCUUGUUUUUCUACAACUCUUAUUGUAGAACUAUUGUCCGGUUUAUUUUAUUUCGAUAAUAUUGUUAGGUAUUCAUGUAGAAGUCUUAUCACAAGUAGGAAGUGAAAAAAUUGAAAAUCAAAAGUUGAGCAUGUUUGUUUAUGAAAUUUUCAAAAAAAUUUAAACAUUUUAACUCAACCACUUUUCUAACUCAACUUUAA